AUGACGAAAAGUCCAAAGAAAAAUGUUGCAAAUAAACCUCCAAUAAAACCUGCUGCAGCAACCAAAAAAUCUCUAAAGAAACCUGUUGGAGAUAAAAAGAAACCUCCAAAUACAAAGAAACCUCAAAGGGAAGAUCCUGUAGGAAAAAAAGCUUCUGCAACAAAGGAAGCUCCUAAAGCAAAGAAGAUAUCUCCAAAGAAACCUGCAGAUUCAAAGAAAUAUUUAAUUAAAGGUGCUAAACUUCAAAGGAUUUCAAAAAAGCAAAUAUUAAUAAAGAGAAAGCUUAAGGAACUUCAACCUUCAAAAGGUUUAUAA